AUGUUGGCUCCAGAGAAUGAGUGGUUGCACUGUAUGAGGCAGAAUUUCAAGCUGUGUUCUGCAGUUCUCACACCUAGUUUGAAGAAAUCCUAUCAGAAGGAUGAAAUUGAGCUAAUGUCAAGGGUGGAGAAACCAUGCCUACUUAGGAUCUGCCACAUCCUCAAUCUGUAUCGGCGGAACACAUGGCUGUACCAGGCCCUAUGAGAAGGCACACGGGUUCAGAGCGUGGAACAGAUCCGUGAGGUUGCAUCAGGGGCUGCUCGGAUCCGAGGGGAAACACUGGGCCUCAUCGGUUUUGGUAGCACCGGGCAGGCAGUUGCAGUUCGAGCCAAGGCCUUUGGAUUCAGCGUCAUAUUUUAUGACCCCUACUUACAGGAUGGGAUAGAGCAGUCUCUGGGCAUGCAAAGGGUCUACACCCUACAAGACCUACUGUAUCAGAGUGACUGUGUCUCCCUAUAUUACAAUCUGAAUGAGCAUAACCACCACCUCAUCAACGACUUGACUAUCAAGCAGAUGAGGCAAGGAGCAUUCCUUGUGAACGCAGCCAGAGGUGGUCUGGUAGAUGAGAAAGUCCUAGCUCAGGCCCUCAAAGAGGGAAGGAUACGAGGAGCAGCUCUCGAUGUGCACGAGUCUGAGCCCUUCAGCUUCGCUCAGGGCCCAUUGAAAGAUGUACCAAAUCUCAUCUGCACGCCGCACACAGCCUGGUACAAUGAACAAGCAUCACUAGAGAUGAGGGAAGCAGCUGCCACUGAGAUCUGCCGAACAAUCACAGGUCACAUCCCAGAAAGCUUGCGAAACUGUGUCAACAAAGAAUUCUUCGUUACUUCUGCUCCGUGGUCAGUCAUCGACCAGCAAACAAUUCAUCCCAAGCUCAAUGGUGCCACAUACAGGUAUCCCACUUCUUACACCAGAUAUAGAACUCCCAACCUCACUUGUGUAACACUUUGA